AUGGCAGGAGAGCCUAUGAGACGCAACCAGAAUCUUUAUUUCCACUAUAAUCAGGAUCAUGGACACAUAACUGAGAAUUGCAGGAAUUUAUGGGACCAUUUGGACCAGCUAGUUCGAGAAGGGAAGUUGAAGCAACUCUUGCAUCAUUCUAGUGGUUGGGUAAGUCAAGCAGGCUCAGAGAUGCGGGGAGAUGCUUCUUCGAGACUCCCCCUCAGCACAAUAAAUGUUAUUUUUGCUGCCCCUGGAAGGACUGAAUCUUGUCCGUCCAGAGUAAUGUCGGUAUCCCAAUCUCCAGCCGAGGAGUAUAACUCAAUGCCUAAGAGAGCCAGGAUGGGCCUCCCGUUGGUUUUGGGUUUUUUAGAUGAGGACAAGGUUGGAAUCAUACAGCCUUACGAUGAUGCUUUUGUGGUCACACUGAGAAUUGGUGGGUAUCAUGUGAAAAUGGUGAUGAUUGACCAAGGCAGUGCUACUGAUAUAAUGUACCCUGACUUAUAUAAGGGCCUAAAUUUGAAACCUGAGAAAUUGGCGGCUUACAGUUCUCCUCUGGUGAGUUUUGAGGGAAGAAUGGUCGUCCCAAAGGGUUAG